AUGAAGUUCACCACCUCCGCCGUCAUUGCCUCCACCUUGGCCAUUGUCUCUGCUUCGCCCAUCGCUACUGCCGACAACUCUACCAACACCGACCCCUUCGCUGCCACCAAACCUUCUGGCAACGAUGUCUUCCGCCUGAUGUCUCUCCGCACCGGCACCCCUAUCCAGUUCGGAAAUAUCCAAGCCGUAAAGGGAGGUCUCAGCAUCAACGCACCAAAGCAAAACUCCUCAUGCACAGAGCCAGACGCCAACUACGCCAGCUUCUCGCUCACCGAGGAGGGCGAUCUGUACCUCUACACACCCAACCCACCUCUGAGGGCUUACGUUGACCGCUCCGGCAUGGGCCAGGGUGUCCUCCAAUUCACAAUGGGUGUCCAAGGCAUCGGCAAGAACCAGGAGCGUGGUCCUUUCAAGAUUGACGACGAGUCCAACUUGGUUUUCGCGGCAGCCAACGGCGUUGUUGGGUUCCAGGCUUGCCCGGGUGCGGAGGAGGACGGUUACAGCGUCUGGCUGUCGGGUGUCGACACUCCGGCUGGCAUCGAGGGAUGCAUCCCAUUUACUAUGAAAGCGCUCAAGGAGGAGACUCCUGUCAAGUGCAUCUACAACAACAUGUGA